AUGGUGUCAACUCAUAAUCGUGAUAAGCCAUGGGAUACUGAAGAUAUAGACAAAUGGGCUAUAGAAGAAUUCAAGCCAGAAGAUAAUGCAUCUGGGUUACACUUCACAGAAGAGUCCUCAUUUAUGACCUUAUUUCCAAAAUACAGAGAACAGUACUUACGAACAAUCUGGAGUGAUGUCACGCGGACUUUGGAUAAAUACUUCAUUGAUUGUCAGUUAGAUUUAGUUGAGGGAUCUAUGACAGUCAAGACCACGAGAAAGACAUUCGACCCUGCAAUUAUUUUGAAAGCUAGAGACUUAAUCAAGUUGUUGGCUAGAUCUGUUCCUUUCCCUCAAGCAGUGAAAAUUUUACAAGACGAUAUUGCUUGUGAUGUUAUCAAGAUCGGUAAUUUUGUUACCAAUAAAGAUAGAUUUGUCAAGAGAAGACAAAGAUUGGUUGGACCAAAUGGGAACACAUUAAAGGCUUUGGAAUUAUUAACCAAGUGCUACAUUUUAGUUCAAGGUAACACUGUGAGUGCUAUGGGUCCAUUCAAAGGGUUGAAAGAAGUUAGAAGAGUCGUUGAAGAUUGCAUGAAGAAUGUCCACCCUAUCUACUACAUCAAAGAGUUGAUGAUCAAGCAAGAAUUGGCCAAGAACCCAGAAUUGGCCCAUGAAGACUGGUCCAGAUUCUUGCCGAUGUUUAGAAAGAGAAAUGUCGCUCGUAAGAAGUCCAAGAAGACUGAUAAGAAGGAGAAGAAGGUUUACACUCCAUUCCCACCAGCUCAAUUACCAAGAAAGGUCGAUUUACAAAUUGAAAGUGGUGAGUAUUUCUUGGGUAAGAAAGAAAAGGAAAUGAAGAAAUUACAAGAGAAGCGUGACAAGCAAGAAGAAGCAAGCGAAGUUAAAAAACAAGAAAGAUUAAAAGACUUUGAAGCACCAGAAGAAGAAUCCUACGAAAACAAGUUGAUCACAAAAGAAAAGUCUCACAAAAAAGAUAAGAAAGACAAGAAAGAUAAGAAGGAAAAGAAGGAAAAGAAAGAAAAGAAAAGAUCAAAGCAUAAUGAUGGCGAUGAGGAAGGUUCUAGCUCAAAAAGGUCUAGACAUGACUGA